ACAUGCCAAACCUGCACUGAGCAGGUCCAGGGUCCAUUAGGCUCCUGACCGCUUCAGUCUGGACACCAUGCUCCUCCAGGCGCUCAUCUUUGCGUUUGGCCUUUUCUUCAGUGCAGAGCAGCUCUGGACCUCAGCUCACGAUGCCCACAGUCCUGCAGGGGGCAGAGUGGUGCAGCUGCAGAUGGAGGUGGAUGCCCCAGAUGCCAAGAACCUGUCGUUAGGCGGCUCUGUGCUGAUCACAUGCUCCGUAGACCAAGUCCAGGACCAGGACCGGUCUGAGACCAGACUCCGACUGGUCCACACCAUCCUCGGGGCUAUUCAGGUGCUGGCCUCUGGCUCCUCCUCCUCGGGGCCCCUCUCCGUCCGUCUGAGUCCUGUGACUCUGGAGCACAGGGGCCUCUACAGCUGUGAGGGCCACGGACCCGACCAGAACCAGGAUAUUAUGGUGGAGUCGGACCACAGGCUCAUAUGGGUCCAGGACCCGUCCCCGGUGGUGACAUUGCAGUUGUCCCGAGUCCAGAGAGUCAAUUUCUUUCACGGUAAAACUCUGACGGUGAGCUGUGCUCUGCCUGCAGGGGGCGCUGAGUGGAGGAUCCUGAGUGCGAGUGAGAAAGAAGGGAGCAUCUCUGAGUGUCCACAGCAGGAGCGCUCUGGGGACCUCCUCUCCUGCUCCGUCGCCUCCUCCUUUUUCCCCUUAAAAACACGACUGUACAACCUGUUCUGGUGCGAAUCCUCCACUGGACUCAGGAGCAACGUCCUCAACCUCACAGACGCCGAGAUAAAGGACCAGAAUAGUCGUCCCUUGAUGGUGACACGGUUUGAAGUGGCUCCUGCCUGGUCCCUUCGAACUGGAGACUCUGUGACGUUCUCGUGUGAAGUCAGAACAGACAAGUACAACAACAGCCAAAACUGCAACCUGCAACUGAUCCACACCCACAUGGACUCCAGGAACAUGACGGUGGUUCUGAGCCAGCCUGCGACCCACCCCAUAAACUACACUAUAGACUCUGUUUCCCGUGAGCACCAGGGAGUGUGGACCUGCUGGGAUGAUGGCACUCUAUCUCUGCUUAGUUUGCCCUGGCAUACCUUCCUGUUGGUGGAAGACGACUCAGCUCCUGUUGCCAAGGUUACCAUCGAUGUCCUGAACUACAAUAGAACUCAGUUCUUCCACAACGAGCUGAUGACUGUCGGCUGCAGACUGCCCGAGGGCGAGUACGACGUCUGGAGGAUCAUGAAGUCGGACAAAUGGAGUGGUGUGAUUGAGGCGUGUCCUGGAGCUCAGGUGUCCGGGGGGCUCCUGAGCUGCUCGCAGAAGAUGGGGUACCCUUGGUCUGACUAUCUGUUCUGGUGCCAGUCUGAUCUGGGCCAACAGAGCAACUUCCUCAACAUCAGCAACACCGUUAUCUACAGUGUCCUGGAAGCCCCACCUCUUCCUGUGAUGGACGGCGAUGACAUCACUCUGCGGUGUUUAGAGAAAGACAAAAAAACGGGUGUCAUCAAAGUGGCACCUGCGACUUUCAAACACCGUGGCCGAGUCAUCAGGUGACUCAGGGUGGAGUCCCAGACUCAACUGUAAAAUUUACACCAGAUUGUGUCAUGAUCUGUCCUGGGCACAGGAGCACUCAGAGCCUGGUUCAACUUCCGUGUUUUUCUGUGUUUUGCGUGUUCUCCCUGUGUUUGUGUGGUCAAAUGCAGACAGUAAUGUGUCUGUGUUUUUCAGCUGGGAAAAAAGUGGAACAUUGACUCUCAAGAAUGUGACCAAAGCAAAUGAAGGAGUCUACAGCUGUCGAACCAAGACCGUUACCACGACCCACGAAAGCUACGUCUCUCUUAAAGCUCGGCCUCAGUAGAACGACUAGAGCCUCCGGUCAAGUCCAUUAAAAUGAGUUCAAAUAAAUGGCAUGAAUCCUGUU